AUGAAGAUUGCCGGAGCGUUUGUAAUUGCCGGUCUGCUGGCCGUGUGCUCGUUCGCCAGUGCCGAAUGGAUCGACAUCGAUUGGUCGCAGGUGAAACACAUCCAAGAGUUCGACCACUACUGGCAGCGUUUGCCGGCAGAGUACCAGUACCUGCGUCAGGUCCGCCCAUCCCAGCGCAUCGUGAACGGUUUGGAGGCACUGCCCGGUCAGUUCCCGUACCAGAUCGCUCUGCUCAGCAACUUCGGCACCGGUACCGGUCUGUGCGGUGGUACCGUCAUCACGAACAACUACAUCCUAACCGCCGCUCACUGUGUGGUCGGUGGUAACGGUCAGGUCGCUAUCGGUGGUACCGCCAUCCUUGGGGCGCACAAUCGUAACGAGAAUGAGCCGACGCAGCAGCGCAUUACCUUCACGCAGGCCGGUGUGUCCGUGCACCCACAGUACAAUCCGUCGACGAUCCGCAACGAUAUCGCCACGGUACGUCUGAGCACGCCCGCCGUCUUCAAUGCACGCGUUCAACCGAUCGAUCUGCCCGCCCGUUCGGAUGCCCGUACUUUCGCCGGUCUGGAGGGUACGGCGUCCGGAUUCGGACGUACGUCGGACGCUAGCACCGCUACCUCGCCGGUGGUGAUGUUCACGCGCAACCCAAUCCUGUCCAACGCGCAGUGCAACAGCUUCUGGAGCACGGCUGUGGUGCAGGAUCAGAACGUGUGCCUGGAUGCUACCGGUGGCCGUUCGCCGUGCAACGGUGACUCGGGCGGUCCGUUGGCUGUGCAGGAUAACGGUCGCAGUCUGGAGGUUGGCAUUGCUUCGUUCGUGUCGGCACAGGGCUGUGCUUCGGGUGCACCGUCCGUGUGGGUCCGCAUCUCGUUCUUCCGCGACUGGAUCGAGCAGAACUCGGACUACGUGUUCCGCGCUUAA